UGGGAGUUCCGGGUUGGCGAUCCUCGCGCGGGCCCGCUGCGGUGGCCGGGAGGGGAUCCGUCGCGCGAGAAGAUGGCUGCGACUCCAGUGGGCUCUGGCAAGGUGACCCUGUUCCGCCAGGAAGGGGGUGUCACCUAUCGCAUCCCAGCUCUGCUCUACCUGCCCUCGGAGUCCACCUUCCUGGCCUUUGCAGAGGAGCGCUCCUCGCCCCGGGAUGAACACGCCAAGUUCCUGGUGAUGCGUCGCGGACAGAAAGAGGGUAGCUCUGUCAAGUGGAGUCCCCAAGAACGUCUAACUAGAGCCAUGCUGCCAAAAUAUCGCACCAUGAAUCCUUGCCCCGUCUACGAGGUGAAAGACAACACCAUUUUCUUGUUCUUCAUUUGUGUUCUGGACCACAUCACAACACGAUGUCAGAUCUUUAGGAGCAAGAACGCGGCCAGGCUGGGCUACAUCUUCAGCAAAGAUGGUGGAUGCACGUGGAGCCCCAUGACAGACUUGACGGAGCAGGUGAUUGGCGAUGACGUGAGAAACUGGGCCACUUUUGCUGUGGGACCAGGCCACGGGGUGCAACUGAGUUCUGGGCGGCUGGUCAUCCCAGCCUACGCUUGCUACAUCCACAAACGUUUCUGUGGGCACCCACUCCGCUGUUCCACCAGACCUCACUCCUUCACCUUCUACAGCGAUGACGGUGGGAGGACUUGGCUGAAGGGCCAGCUGCUCAAAACACUGCAGGCUUCAGAGUGCCAAAUUGCCGAACUGGUGGGCCAGAGUGCUAGCCCAGUGUUAUACUGCAAUGCCCGCAGUCCUGACAGAUACCGGGUUGAGGCCUUCAGCAGAGAUGGUGGGCGCCUCUUUGAAGACUCCUUCCGGUCCCAGAAGCUGCAGGAGACUUCUCAUGGCUGUCAAGGCAGUGUGGUGAGUUUCCCUGCGCUAGAGUUGGGGGCCCAGUCUCCCUUUGCCUCCUCAAAAAGCCCCAAGUCGUGGCUGAUCUUCUCCCAUCCAACCAACCAAAAGAAGCGUGUUGAUCUGGGCGUCCACCUGAACACCUGCCCGCUGGAGGAAGGCUCCUGGAACCCCCCCUGGAUCUUGAACGAGGGGCCCAGCGGCUACUCCGACCUGGCCGUGUGCGGAGGGGAAGGCCCUUCGCUCUUCUUCGGCUGCUUGUUCGAAUGCGGAGCGUCUGUGAGCUACGAAGAGAUCGCCUUCCGGCUUUUCAGUGGCGUGAAGCUCCUGAACGCUCAGGGCGGACACUCUGCAGGAAACAAUUCACCCCCUGCAGGCCGUGCCCACGCCUGUGGGACCGAUUAGCACGAGGGGAGGAUUAAACUGUAGGCUUUCCGUGAAACAUUGAUGCAAACCUUGAAUUUACCUAGAAUAUAUGGAUUCAGUGGGCGGUGUACAAUCUGGCAGCCCAAAGAUUGUACACUGCCCUUCAAGUUGCACAGGUAGCCACAGGCCCCUUGUGCAGGACGGUUGAUCCCAGGCUGAACAACGAUGCAGUGACAAUUAGAGAAGGAAGGAGAUUUCCUGGCCCUUUUUUCUCUCUCUGGGUAGUUGGUAGAGCCACAUUGGUGGCCACAUACUGUAAUAAACUGACAGCAUUGAUAAGAGAAAAUACCAUAACUGGAUUUGUUUCUCUUUGGAAGCUGCUUUUGGACUAUUUGCCUGUAA